UCCGCUUUAACUAGCUGGUCAGCGGCGCAGGGAUUAGCGGAGUGUUGCCCUGUCGCCUCUGCGCGCACGCACACAGCCACGCGCACUCGGAGGAGGACUGCUCAGCGUGAAUCAUGCCCGUCGUCAUUGCUACCGACUGGGAGUGGAGCCGAAAUUGUGCAAGAUACGGAUAACUAACUGUCUGCGCGUACAGGUCCACGGAUUGCCCCAAGUUUUUUUUAAACUCCAGCUCCUUCAGAUUUACGAAAAGAAAUGCGCCGUCGGAGACUAGAAGCGAACUGCCGCGUCUUGGCUCACGUGUGCUUUAUGUUGAAGAAGAAGUGACCAGGAUUAACUACCAGCGCCACUGACGGGAAAGCCAAAGGAGAACCACGCAAAUCGGAUAUUUCUAGUCGCUUUUUGACUGCCAGUUCUUCUCUCAAGUUGUAGCUUUUGAAAACUUGUGGUUGGUUAAAGCGACGUGAGCAGCCAUGGGGAACGCAGGCAGCAUGGAUCAGCAUACGGACUUAAGGGGACACAAUAUGCCCCUGAAAUUACCCAUGCCAGACCCGGGAGAGCUAGAAGAGAGAUUCGCAAUCGUCUUGAAUUCCAUGAAUCUUCCUCCGGACAAAGCCAGGCUCCUUCGGCAGUACGACAACGAGAAGAAAUGGGAGCUCAUCUGUGACCAGGAACGGUUCCAAGUGAAAAACCCCCCACACACGUACAUCCAAAAGUUGCGCAGUUAUCUGGACCCUGCAGUCACAAGGAAGAAAUUCCGUCGGAGAGUUCAGGAGUCCACCCAAGUCUUGAGAGAGCUGGAGAUUUCGUUAAGGACCAAUCAUAUAGGGUGGGUGAGGGAGUUCCUGAACGAAGAGAACAAGGGGCUGGAUGUGCUCGUGGAGUAUCUUUCUUUUGCACAGUAUGCAGUCACAUUCGAUGGAGACUGCUUGGAAAAUAACCCAGAUGUCCUAGAUAAGAACAAGCCCUGGGGUCGCUCCAUAGAAGACCUGCAUGGAGGAAGCACUUUGCCGUCUCCCAUCACCGGGAACGGACUCACUCGUAUGGGAAGACACUCAACGCUAAGGGCACCAAGUUCACUGAGCUGUCCCAGGUGUGCUCAAAUGAAAAGAUGUAACACUCUGCCCAGCCGGAGGACGCUAAAGAACUCCAGGCUGGUGUGUAAGAAGGAUGACGUCCACGUUUGCAUCAUGUGUCUACGCGCCAUCAUGAACUACCAGUACGGAUUCAACAUGGUCAUGUCUCACCCACACGCUGUGAAUGAAAUUGCACUAAGUCUCAACAAUAAAAACCCCAGAACAAAAGCUCUCGUCUUGGAGCUCCUAGCGGCGGUGUGUCUCGUGAGGGGGGGCCACGAAAUCAUCCUCUCUGCGUUUGACAACUUUAAGGAGGUCUGUGCCGAGGAGCAGCGUUUUGAGAAGCUAAUGGAGUAUUUUAAGAACGAGGACAACAAUAUUGACUUCAUGGUGGCGUGUAUGCAGUUCAUAAACAUCGUAGUGCACUCAGUGGAGGACAUGAACUUCAGAGUCCAUCUCCAGUACGACUUCACCAAGCUGCUCCUGGACGACUACUUAGACAAACUGAAGCACACGGAGAGCGAUAAGCUACAAGUGCAGAUCCAGGCGUACUUGGACAAUGUGUUUGAUGUGGGAGCUCUUCUGGAAGACGCUGAGACCAAAAACGCCGCCCUGGAGCGAGUGGAGGAGCUGGAGGAGAAUAUGUCUCAUAUGACAGAAAAACUGCAGGACACAGAGAACGAAGCCAUGGCCAAAAUUGUGGAGUUGGAGAAACAGCUGAUGCAAAGGAACAAGGAUCUAGAAUCGAUAAGGGAACACUACAAAGAAACCACAUCCCAGGUCCUAGCGCUGAGGCAGAUGUUGAAGGAGAAAGACGAGGCCAUCCAGAGAAGCUCGAAGCUGGAGAAGAAGAUUCAUGAAUUAGAAAAGCAGGGCACCAUCAAGAUCCAGAAGAAAGGAGAUGGUGACAUAUCCAUCCUGACUUCACCCACGGGAGGAGGAGGAGGAGGAGGAGGGGUGCCCGGGGCAGUCUUGGGUCCAAACACUGCUGCACUCAGCCCCAACCACGUGGAGGUCACAGGGGGCAUGGCUGCUCCUCCUCCACCCCCGCCUCCACCUCCAGUCAACGGCACAUUACCAAACGGACCACUGUCAGUCACCCCCGCAGCAGCUCCUCCACCCCCGCCUCCUCCUCCUCCACCGCCCCCACCUCCAGGACCAGAGAUGUCCGCUCCACUGCCCCCACCGCCGCCGCCUGUAGCGCCCCCUCUGCCUGGGUCUGGUACACCCACAGUCAUCAUGAACUCUGGCCUCGCAGCUGUGAAGAUCAAGAAGCCCAUCAAGACCAAGUUCAGGAUGCCCGUCUUCAACUGGGUGGCACUGAAACCCAACCAGAUCAACGGCACGGUCUUCAACGAGAUCGAUGAUGAGAGGAUACUGGAGGAUCUGAACGUGGAUGAGUUUGAGGAGAUGUUCAAGACCAAAGCCCAGGGCCCGUCCAUCGAUCUGAGCAUGAGCAAACAUAAGGUGAUCCAGAAGGGACCAAACAAGGUGACUCUGCUCGACUCCAAUCGCGCCAAGAACCUGGCCAUUACCCUGAGGAAGGUGGGCAAGGCGCCAGAGGAGAUCUGCAGAGCCAUACAACUGUUUGACCUUCGAACCCUGCCUGUGGACUAUGUGGAGUGCCUGAUGCGCUUCCAGCCCACGGAGAACGAGGUGAAGGUCCUGAGGCAGUUUGAGAAGGAGAAGAAACCUGUGGAGAGCCUGACGGACGAGGACAGAUUCAUGAUGCAGUUCAGUAAAAUCGAGAGGCUCAUGCAGAAAAUGACCAUCAUGGCCUUCGUUGGGAACUUCUGUGAGAGCGUGCAGAUGUUAACGCCGCAACUCCAUGCUGUUAUUGCUGCAUCUGUUUCCAUUAAGUCAUCACAGAAACUCAAGAAAAUUUUAGAGAUUAUCCUGGCACUCGGAAACUACAUGAACAGCAGCAAAAGAGGAGCUGUUUACGGAUUCAAGCUUCAGAGUUUAGACUUGCUCCUCGAAACCAAGUCGACGGACCGUAAAAUGACACUCCUACACUACAUCGCCAACGUGGUCAAAGAAAAGUACCAGCAGGUCUCCCUCUUCUACAACGAAAUGCACUAUGUCGAGAAGGCAGCAGCAGUAUCAUUAGAAAAUGUACUAUUGGACGUGAAGGAGCUACAGAGAGGGAUGGAGCUGACCAAGAGGGAGUACAGCAUGCACGGACACAACACGAUGCUCAAAGACUUCAUCACACACAAUGACGCUAAGCUAAAGAAGCUACAAGACGAUGCUAAGAUUGCACAGGACGCAUUUGAUGAAGUGGUGAAAUUCUUCGGGGAAAAUGCCAAAACAACACCUCCAUCAGUUUUCUUCCCGGUGUUUGUGAGAUUUGUGAAGGCUUAUAGGCAAGCAGAGGAGGACAACGAGCAUAAGAGGAGGCAGGAGCAGCUCUUGAUGGAGAAACUUCUAGAACAGGAGCAGGCCAUGUUGGAGGAGGACCAGAAGUCUCCGUCACAAAAGAACAAGAGGCAGCAGCAGCAAGAACUGAUCCAGGAACUGAGGAGGAAACAGGUUAAAGACAAUCGGCACGUGUACGAAGGGAAAGAUGGAGCCAUAGAAGACAUCAUCACGGCGCUAAAGAAGAAUAAUAUUACUAAAUUUCCAAAUGUCUACUCGAGGGUAAGGAAGUCCUCCAGUAGCACCCCUGUAGUGGAUGUGUCCCAAACCUGAUUUGAGAAACCAGCCGUACAGGAGAGCCGACGCCGUGCGCAGGAGUGUCCGGAGAAAAUUUGACGACCAAAACCUGCGUCCGAUCAACAACGGAGAAGUGUUCAUGUAAAGAAAGACAGAGAGAAAGAAAGAAAGAGAAAGUGAAGAAAGGAUGGUUAAGGAAUAAAGAAGACGAGCGCAAGAACGAAAAGAGCAAAGAAUGUUGAAAGAAGGACGAGUGAACGUAGCAGAAACCAUAGAGAUGAUUAUGUAUAUAUAUAUUUUACAUAAAGAACUGCAUACCUGUGGUGUAGUAGCAGAUGUUCUAUGAAGGACUGGACUCGAUGGACAGUUUCCAAAGGUUUAUGGGAAAACCUUAAACCCAGACAAGUGCCUCUGUGUCUGUUGAUUCUCUUUUUUUUUUUUUUUUUCACAUUUGGAGCAAUACAAGAUCCAACCAGGCUUUAAUCUGGAAGAAACGUGCAAAACUGGACUUUUGUAUGAAGAAAUGGUGAAUGUUUAUGAGCAGUCUAUGUAGCUGUUACAUUAGCAGGAGAGUUUAGCCUGGCCAGCCCGACCCGUGCACUUUCACAUCAAAUCAAGACUCGACUCAACUCAUUUAAACUUAUUUUAGUCUUUUUUGUACGAGGAUUAUUUUCCGUUUUGGUUUCAGGGUGCAUUGUGUAACUUUUCUGGUGCUUUUCUCCAUGGAGAUGUUAUUGCUUUGUCUGGAAUGUCUCACAGUAUGGCAUUAAAGCUUUCUAUCUUCAUGGAGACCAAACCAGACCAAGUUACGGUUCAGAAAUGUGGAGAGGCAACCCCGCUCGCAGUCAGAAUGCCUGUUUUUCUAGUUAUGUUUUGAGCUAUAAAACAAGUCGUGACUUGAACUCGAGUCAGACUUGAGUCGCUAUUUUUAAGACCUGAGACUUGACUUGAUAAAAUGGACUAAGACUUGGGACUUGACUCGGACUUGAAGGUCAGUGAUUUCAGACUUGACACGGACCUGAACCCUGUGACUUGAGAAGACGUGAUGCUUCUCCUAAAAAUAUACAGUAUGUUUUUAGAAAAUACUUUUCUCUUUAAGUUCAAAAAUGCAGUGCUGAAUUUUAGAGAAACAAACUGCAACAUGUCCCUCCCACUUCUCUGUUUGUUACUUUGGAUGUAACUGAAGUACUGUGAUGUGGUAUCUUCAAAUGUACUACAGUAAUAUACAGUACAACACAGUAAAACAGAGGGAAGUACAUAUAGCACAAUCCUUCCAUUUCAGUGCAGGCGACAUGACAAAAUAACUGAUAUUAAGCUUUUUUUUUUUAUCUUAAUUGAUUCACACUAAGAUCUUGUCAAAACAUUUAAAAAGGAAAUAUUUGCAUUUCUAUAACUCCUUACAUACUCUAUAAAUACUCAUAUAUAAAUAUACCAAGACUUUUUAAGUACAGUUUAAUUUAAAAUUCAUAAAAAAUGCAAAAAUCUAAGCUAUAUUUGGUAUUUAUUUAGGCUUGAAAUGACUCAAAGCAGACGACUUGGACUUGACUUGGACUUAUGGGCCGGUGACUCGAGACUCGACUUGGACUUGCCUGUAUUUGACUUGAGGUUUGACUCGGACUUGAGGUCAAAAACUUGAGACUUGCAACGGAAACACCGACUUGGUCCCACCACUGAUAAAGCCACCUCUAAUUGAAUAAAUGUAAGGUAGAGCUCUUUAAUGUCACACUGUGGGACAUUCCAGACAAAGCAAUGGCAUCUCCAUAGAAACAAGGUGAUGGAAACUCUACCAGAAAAGUUACACAAUGCACCUUUAAGGCUGUUAUUUUAAGAAUAACAAAAACGAGACACAAUUUUACUUCGACUCGGUUAAGAAUGAACAAAUAUUAUACCAUGUGGCCACUAGGGGUCAGUAAAGGAACAAGAUUUGAAUCCAUGUCUUCUGCUUAAUUCAAAAGGGCUGACAUUUUGUUACAUGGCUAAAAUUAAACUCAAGGACUGCUGCCAAAACUGUACUUAAGUAAAAGUACUAGUUACUUUACCACAAUUUUAGCUGAAUUUUAUGAUACAGCUUUUGUGCAAAACAUGAUUAAUUAACAGUUUAAAGCUGAAUUAAGUUAUUUUAAAUCUGAACUGAGCUGGCAAUGUAGAGUUUGUUGGUCAGCUAUAGAAACGAGCAUGAGACAGCAGUGAUUCCCUCUUGCAUUGGGACAAAAGUGACUGUUCUGUCCUCAGUGACUUCUUUAAUUUAGUGUUUUUAAAAACUCUUCUCAUUUUCGUAGCUUUAUUUAUAUUAAGUUACUUUCCACCAUUGAGUUCCACAUAUAUUUUAACAUGCAGUAGGUAGAUCUGCUUUUACACACUGUUGUUGUUUUGCCUUUCUUAAAUCCAAAUUGACUGAACAGGGAGUGUUGUGAAACAGGCUGGCCAGGCUAAAGAUCUAAAUAUAUCUGUACAUUCCACUACUUUACCAUUCCUCUCGCAAUAGAACUGUGUGUAGCAGGUUUUACGUCUCAUCUGAGGCGUAACGAAAGGGCUAUGAGCUACAACGACGGCAGAAAACUGGACAAAAACGGUUAACAAAUUAAACUUUUGCAGCUUAAAGGGGUCAUAACACAGUGUUUCCUCAUCAAAAACAUCGCUGGAGUUGCGUUUUGUUUCAUUCACACACAUUUAAAACACAAAUCCUGCUUAUUUAGGCCGAGUUCUUCUCUAAAACGGAAAACACUCUGUUCCACCUUGUGAUGUCAUGUGGUAAUACAGAACGUGCAUGUGUGUCAUUUUAAACUCCACGCACCUUCACUAGAAUCAUUUGGAUCAUUUCAACCCCGGGAAUUGCCUUUUCCCAACUCAACAAAAUCUUAAAAGUAGCUGAUAAUGUGAAAACUACCACUUCAUGACAUCACAAGGUGGAAAAACGGAGCAUUUUGAGCUUUGGAGAUGUACAAACUAAUAAAGCAGGAUUACUCAGACAUGUGUGAAUGAAAAAAACACAACUCCAUGUGUGUUUUUGAUGAGGUAACAACAUUAUAACACAUCUAAAAGCUAAAUUUAGUGUAAUUUAGGACUUUUAAUUGUGAAAUGUUACUUCAUAAUGUUAAUAUGUGUUACAAUACAAAACAAUGGACUGAACCCACUUUCAAAACUGGAUAUAAACCUAUAAUAUACCAUUUAAUGCGUUUUUCAUGUACCGGGCUGUGUCUACUACUCACCUUAUUGUAAUUUGAUGUAUAGUAUUUAACCUCUUGAAACUUGUACGCUUUGUGUGCUCAUCCGUCAUUCAGAAACGAACACGGCACGAACACAAAGAGUUCUUAUAUGUACAGAUAUUUUGCUACUUUUCUACUUAACAUUACCAGAUGGUUAAUAUUGUACAUACUGUUCAAACUUUGCCUUGAAUGUUUUAUUUUAACUUAUAGUUUUUAUGUCUUUGUCACGUGUCAUUUUUGUGUAUUUAAUAAGAAGCCAAAACGGGACAUCUCACUCCAUUAAAGGGGGACACUGGAUCGUAUACGCUGAAGGUGGAUCAAAGUCGGUUACUAUUAAAGCAGGAAGCAUGUCGUGAAACAGAAAAUGGAUCAUAAUAACUACAGAUUAUUAUUCUAGUUGAAAAUGGUGGUUAAAAGCUUAUCUGUGGAGAGCUGGCUUUGAAGCUCGUGUUUUGACUGCAAUUACCUUCACUAAAGCAUCUCACUCUGUAACAGUCAUGGCUCUGCUCUGGCAUGUUUUAUACUUUAGGCAGUUUAUGGUUAUUAUCAAAUAACAAUUUAGAUUUUCAAUGAAUAUGAUCAAAUAAACUAUGUUGAAUAUUA